UCCUCUUUGGUUCUUAUUCUGAUGUGAGUUAAAGAUAUACAAUAAUUAUUUUAGUUAUUUACUAAUAACUAAAUAGUAGUAGAAUCAGUUUCUUUUUAAUAAUAUUAAACAUUUAAAUUUCAUAAUAUAUGUACUGAAAUCUAAUCGUUAGCACUUAACAUUGAGUGACCUCCGAAUUGCGAUAACAAGACUCAAUUACUGUGAAACUGGCUAGUGUGGUUACAAUAAUUAAUAAUAGUUAUAUUUUCAUUAUCCAAAAACAUGCCGAAGCGUGGAGGUGGAAGAAUCCGAACUUGGAGGCCCGCAGGUGAACAUUAUGAACAUGAUGACCGUGCACACAGUAAUAACAUUCGAAGAGUUAGUUUUAAGCCUGGAUCAAAUAAAGGAAAAAAUAAAUUUAAUAACUGGAAUAAUGCUAAGUUGUUAUUGGAUGAUGAUGUUAAUAUGGGUGGUGAAGGUGGUGGUAUGGUUGAGUAUAAGAAAAGUUCAUUUAGAGGAAGAGGUGGACGACUUGGAUCACCAACCCCUAGAUCAGCACAUAAAAAGAAAUUUUAUGCUGGUAUCUUGCCUUGGUAUCAGGUUGUUAUACCAUAUGGAGCAAAACAUGAAAAAGAUAUUAUGCUGAAAUCUCUUUUGAGUUAUAUAUCACCUGAAAUAUUUAUUCCUCACUAUUUCAAAGUUGAAGGGAAUGCUGUUUCAUUUUAUGUAGAUGAUGCAAAAAUAGCUGAAAAAUUAUUCUACGCUGACAGAAAAAUUACCAUGCCAAAUGGGUUCAAACUGAUUUUAAUUGUCAGAAAUUCUGUUCCCCGGAUUAAUAUUAAUGCAGAGAUGCAGGAAAAGAUGAAAUUAGCUAUGGCAAAAAGAUACAAUGCGACCACAAAAGCAUUGGAUUUGACAAAGUUCCAUGGGGAUCCUGAACUGGUGGACGUAUUCUGUGCGCUAUUUCGGCCAAUCAUAAUGCUAGCCGCAAUUGAUAUAAUUGCUGAAAAUAUUCCUGAUUUAGAAGCACUAAAUCUCAAUGACAACAAACUUCAUGGCAUGGAGCAUUUGAAAGUGUUAAGUGCUAAGUUCAAACACUUGAAAAUACUUUACUUGGGUGAUAACCGGAUACCAUCGAUUGCAUCAUUAGAGUCGCUGAAAUCAUUGGCAUUGGUGGAGCUUUACCUCAAAGGAAACCCUUUGGUGAACAGGUUCAAUGAUCAUGAAAGUUACGUCAGGUAAUAUUUAAUCAAUCUUUGCCUCACCCAAUGGUUUGGUUUGAUAAUAAAAUUUGGCAUUAUGCUGAUUAUGAAAUACAAUGUCUUUUUGGUGGUAGAAAAAGUGCUCCAAAUAAUGGUAUUGUAAUUUUGGCAGGUUAGACUGUGUUGGUUGGUGGUAUAGUGAAGUAUAAGAUUUUCUAACAGUUACAAAAAUAGAUUUCUUUAUUUAUUGUUGUCUAAUAAUCUGUUUGAGUCUAGUGUUACUAGACUCAUAAAUCUCUAUUAAAUACUUUUGAAAGUUUUAAAACACAUGUUACUUAUUUGAGAAAUAUUUGAUUUUGACUUCCCUUUGUUUGAUCCUCAUCCACCACUUGCUUUGACAUUCUAUAAGGUCGCUCUUUUGAUUCCUUUGUAUUAGAAACUAGUAUGGGCCAUGUUGGACACUUACAACGAGGUGACCAAUAUCUAAGCUCAUUUGCCUUCCAUUUUCAUAGAAAAAAAACAAUUUUAACAGUACUUAUGCACUCUCUAAACUAUAAACUACUUUAAAAUAAUAAGUGGAUAUUAAAAUAAAUACUGUUAUAAUUACACACAUUCUAAUCCAAUAAACAGUGUUAUGAAUUAUUAAUUUAGGUGACCCAAAUCUAUGCUCAUGUGUCCUCCAUUUCCAUAGAAAAAAAUGUAAUUAUUACGGUGUGAAUCAUUAACAUUGCUAAACUGCAAAUUCAUCAAAAUAAAUACAGUUAUAUGUACACAUGUUUUAAUCCAAAAGUUUUAUGAAUUAUCAAUUAUUUAAAUCAAAUAAGUAUUAAAUUAAUGAUAAUUCUUAUAUAAACAAAUAUUUUAUUCAUGAAAUGUAUUAUUUAAAGCAUAGUUUCUCAACCUUAUUUAGCUCACCACCCACUUUGAGAAUAUGUUUUUUUCUAGAGUGUUUUCAUGUAUUUUUUUGCCUUUUUAGACUAUAUUUUUUAAUCUACCCACUGGCGUAGAUGUGGCCAUCUGCGCCAUCUAUCUAUCCAAUGCCCCCUAACUUUCUCUUUCUUCUACGGCCCCCCC